GACAGCGCUUUCCCUCUCAUAAUUUCACCCUACCAAAAAACACUUCAAAAUCCAGUGGAAAAAUAUAAGAAUUACCGUAGAAGUCAGUUGGACCAAAACAGCCCGCAUUGACGCAACGAAAAUCUAAAGUCGGAAGAAAAUAAGAGCAAGAAGAAACGUUGUUUUCUGGGUUUUGGUCCAUAGUUUGAUAUGGCUGCCACUCUCCGGAAACUUGCAGUAUUCGUGUCGGGCAUGUGGAUCUGCCUCCUGCUCCUCAACCCCUUUCCACAAACUGGGGCAGUGGUUGGGCACAGAGAGCCGUUGCCUGAUGACAGUAGAGACAACAUCACUAUUUUCACCCGGAUCCUGGACAGACUACUGGAUGGCUACGACAACCGGCUUCGCCCCGGACUAGGAGCAGAGAGUGUGACGGAGGUGAGGACAAAUAUCUACGUGACCAGCUUUGGACCGGUGUCAGACACAGACAUGGAGUAUACCAUCGAUGUGUUCUUCCGUCAGAGCUGGAGGGAUGAGAGGCUGAAGUUCGACGGGCCCAUGCAGGUCCUACCUCUUAACAACCUCCUGGCCAGUAAGAUCUGGACUCCAGACACCUUCUUCCACAACGGGAAGAAAUCUGUGGCCCACAACAUGACCACUCCCAACAAACUGUUACGACUGGUGGACAACGGUACCCUGCUCUACACCAUGAGGCUGACCAUCCACGCUGAGUGUCCCAUGCACUUGGAGGAUUUCCCCAUGGAUACACACGCCUGCCCUCUGAAGUUUGGGAGCUAUGCGUAUACCAACAAUGAGGUUGUCUAUCUCUGGACCAAAGGAGAUGAGGACUCUGUAGUCGUAGCAGAGGAUGGGUCAAGACUAAACCAGUAUGAUCUACUGGGCCACGUUAUUGGGAAAGAAUCUAUGAUUUCCAGCACAGGAGAAUAUGUAGUGAUGACAACGUAUUUCCAUUUGAAAAGGAAAAUUGGCUAUUUUGUGAUUCAAACCUACCUCCCGUGCAUCAUGACUGUCAUCCUGUCUCAGGUCUCCUUCUGGCUCAACAGAGAGUCGGUUCCCGCCCGCACUGUAUUCGGGGUCACCACAGUUCUAACCAUGACAACCCUGAGUAUCAGUGCCAGGAACUCCCUGCCUAAGGUGGCCUAUGCCACAGCAAUGGACUGGUUCAUGGCGGUAUGCUAUGCCUUUGUCUUCUCUGCCCUGAUAGAGUUUGCCACAGUUAACUACUUCACCAAGCGCAGUUGGGCGUGGGAUGGCAAGAAAGAGGCCCAGGAGAUGAGGAGAAGAGAAUCUGCCUCUCUUUCCAAAAAGGCCAAUAACACAUUCAACAUUGUUGGAACUACAUACACCAUCAACGAAGCAAAGGACCCAGGUUUAACCACCGUCUCCAGGAGUGCCACCACAGCUACACACCACCACCACAGCCACAAGGUUCCUAAAAUGGACGACAAUUACGUGGAAGCCAUAAAGUCCUACAACCGCGUCAGCAAAGUGGACAAGAUAUCACGCAUCAUCUUCCCUGUACUGUUCUUCAUCUUCAACCUGGUCUACUGGGCCACGUACAUCAACAGCAAGCCGCGCGCCGUCCCCCCUCCCAGGUCCACCUCCCAGAAUUAAACUCACCAGGACAAACUAUUAGGCUGAGAUUACAAGAGGCCAAGAGAUCCACCACGUUAUUGUAUCGUUGUUUUUGACUUAAUUUUGAUAUUUGCAAGUCGCUAUAGGUUGCAGACAAACAUUCUCGUAGAUUCGUAUGUACAUAGUUGAACUAUAAAUGUUCAUUUGUUGUUACCUGAUUAUUUGUUUGUUUGAUAGAAUAGCCGGAUGGUGUUUUUUGGACAUGUUUUCACUUCUCUUGACAUGAUAAAUGGGAGCAUGUGUUUGAAUCCUUCAUGGUAGCUCAUUACAGAGGAUCAGGUCCUGGUUAAUCACUGUGUGUAAACACACACUCUCACACCCAAACACACACGCUCACACCCAAACACACACACUCACACCCAAACACA